CUUGAAGUAGUAUCUUGAAAGUUUAUAUCCUUACGUUAAUACCUUACGUUGUUUUACAGUUACAAUAGUUGUACGACUAACUCAGUUCAAAAAAACUACAAAAAUGGGAAAUUGUCACACAGUUGGACCAAAUCAGGCUCUUGUAGUUUCUGGUGGUUGCUGGGGCAAUGAUGGAAAGAAGUAUGUGAUUGGUGGAUGGGCAUGGGCGUGGUGCUGUGUCACUGAAGUACAGAGAUUGUCAUUAGAGGUUAUGACUUUGAAUCCAAAAUGUGAGAAUGUUGAAACAGCAGAAGGUGUUCCACUUACUGUGACUGGUGUUGCUCAGGUAAAAGUUAUCACAGAAAAAGAUUUAUUGGCAUCAGCUUGUGAACAGUUUCUGGGCAAAUCUGUUCGAGAAAUCGAAGAGAUUCUGCUUCAAACACUGGAAGGUCAUUUGAGAGCUAUCCUGGGUACAUUAUCAGUUGAGCAGAUCUACAAAGAUCGUGAAUCCUUCGCGACUCUUGUUCGUGAGGUUGCUGCUCCCGAUGUUGGGAGGAUGGGGAUUGAGGUCCUCAGUUUUGUCAUCAAGGAUGUUGUGGACAGAGUGGAUUACUUGACAUCCAUUGGAAGAGCACAAACUGCUCAAGUGAAGAGAGAUGCGAGGAUUGGAGUGGCCGAAGCAAACAGGGAUUCUGGUAUUGUGGAAGCUAGAUGUGAUAAAUCUCUCAUGGAUGUGAAGUUUGAUGCUGAUACCAAGGUGGCAGAUUCUGAGAGAAUGUUUCAGAUGUCAGAAGCUUCAUAUCAGAAGGAAGUUAACAGCAAGCAAGCUGAAGCUCAGCUUGCUUACCAACUCCAAGCUGCCAAGGAGAAGCAAAACAUCCGAAGAGAGGAGAUCGAAAUCGAGGUCGUUCAGAGGAAGAAACAGAUCGAUGUGGAAGCGAGAGAAAUUGAACGUAAAGAUCGUGAAUUGGAGGCAACUGUUCGUAAACCAACUGAAGCUGAGGCUUACAAAGUGAAGACACUUGCUGAAGGAAGAAGAACCAAAACUGUGGAAGCUGCACGUGCUGAUGCAGAGAGGAUUAAGUUGGUUGGUGUGGCUGAAGCUUCUUCUAUUGAAGCCAUUGGUAAAGCUGAAGCAGAAAGCAUGAGACAAAAGGCUUCUGCUUACAAGCAAUAUGGAGAUGCUGCCUUGAUGUCUUUGGUGCUGGAAUCUUUACCAAAGAUUGCAGCAGAAGUAGCAGCUCCCUUGUCACGUGUUGAUGAGAUUGUAUUGCUGGGUGGAGAUGGUGAUCAUACAACAAGUGAAGUUACAAAGCUGCUUGCUGAGAUGCCACCUGCUGUUCAAGCUAUAACUGGUGUUGACUUGUCAAAGGUGUUAAAGAUGGUUCCUGGGGCAAAGUAGAUACAACACUCAGCUAAUUAAAGACCUGCAGAUGCACUAAUACCUCACAUGGUCAACAUUACCACUUCUAACAGUUAGUUGUGAAUUUUACCGAAAAUAUUUGUAUUUUUACCAAAGCAGGUGUAUAUUGUUAAACGCAAUAAAUUUUAUUUUUAAAAAGAACAAAUUUUAAGUCACUUUUUGAAAAAAAUUACACUGACUUGUCAUUGGGGUCAAUUUUUUAAGUCUUAAAAAAUGAGUCACCCACAAAUUAACGAUCAUGACAUUUGUUGUACACCUUAUAUUUUUUUUAAUGGCUUCAAUCUGUUACGACCAUGUGCAUGUACAUAAAGAUAUUGGUUGCUUGUCAGUAAUCAAUGCAAAUAACUUUUUAACACUAGUUGCCUUUUUGAACUGUUUUAUGACAUUGAAAUUGGAAUGCCCAAAUUCCUAUUAAGAUUUUAACUAAAGUAUAACUGGUGCUCUGUUAUAUGUGUAUAUGCAUGGGCUAACUAUGUUUCACUCAAAAGGUUACUUCAGUUACGAUAAAGCUGUUUUAUCCUGCAUUUACCAUAAAAAAUAUAAUAUUUUUAGGUACAUUAUGUAUUCUUAUACCCCAGCAGGUUUAAUGUGGCAACAACAACAUUGUAUAGUGUUGUUAUAUGUUUGUGUGCUUUCAGUGCACAAGUACUUUUGCCUAGCAUGCUAUCAUAUAUUGCAGCAAAUGUUCUUAUAUGUUACUACUUCUAAACGUCAUGUUGUUGUUUUAAUAAAGAGUAACAAUUAAUAAAUAAACUUAUACAGGACAUUA